AUGUUGUACAAGGACAAUGAUGACCCGUAUGCAAGAAUGAUGCGAUGUCUGAUCGUACAAUUUGGUUAUCAAGUUAUAGAUGUGAUUAAGAACUCCCGACCGGAUUCAGUUGAGGCACUGAAGUUGAAAUUGUACAUUCAAGCGAAUCGACCAAACGUUUCGACUUUUGUAUUGGAAAGUAUUGACAAAAGUUUGGUGCAACACGACAAAUUCAAAAUUCCAAUUCUAAGUGCUUGGCUCCGUGCUGUAGACGAAUUCAACGCGGUGUAUUUUGAAACUGUUCCGGAAAAGAAUCGUGCGAUACCGAUGUUGGUCGCAUUUUACAGUGACGAGCGUCUAGAUGAUUUGUUUAAACACACUAUACAGGCUAAUCCCGACGACACUGUCGUACCUGCAUUGGCGGAGAAGUUUCGCGGAACAGAGAAGGUGGUUCUUAACCUGAUUCCUGUUACUCCAAAAAGAGUGAUCGACUAUGAAAGCAUGCCAUGGGUUCAUGCUGUCAGCGGGCUACACUGA